UUCUUCAUAGAGUUGCACAUUGCGCACGGAUACCUCGACAGUACAUUCCUGUCCCCGAUCACCAACAAACGCACCGACAGAUAUGGGGGUAGUCUUGAAAACCGUAUGCGAAUAGCCGUCGAAAUCGCGCAGUCGGUCCGGGAGACCCUUCCAGACAACAUCGCACUCGGGGUCCGCAUAUCGGUCGCCGACUACGUGAACAAGAGCUGGGAUGUCAAGCAGUCUAUUGAGUUGGCCCAUCAGCUUAAGGCACUGGGAGUCGACUUCUUAGACUGUAGUUCCGGUGGACUCAUGAUCGACAUCGACUAUAAUGCUAUUAACACACCUAACGAACAGAUUGUAGGCGCCGGGACCAUACAAAAGGAGACGGGAAUGCCUACCUGUGCUGUCGGCAAAAUAGUGGACCCCAACUUUGCCGAGAAUACACUGCGAGGUAACGGCGCGACCCUUAUAUUCAUCGCUCAUAGAGUUGAACUUCGCGCACGGAUACCUUGGCAGUACAUUCCUGUCCCGGUCACCAACAAACGCACCGACAGAUAUGAGGGUAGUCUUGAAAACCGUAUGCGAAUAGCCGUCGAAAUCGCGCAGUCCGUCCGGGAGGCCCUUCCAGACAACAUAGCACUCGGGGCACUGGGAGUCGACUUUAUGGACUGUAGUUCCGGUGGACUCGUGAUCGACAUCGACUACAAUGCCAUUAACACACCUGAAGAGCAAAUUGUUAGCGCCGGUACCAUACAGAAAGAGACGGGAAUGUCUACCUGUGCUGUCGGCAAAAUAGUGGACCCCAACUUUGCCGAGAAUAUAUUGCGAGAUAACGGCGCGACCCUUAUAUUCAUCGGUAGGGCGUUCCUCAAUAACCCGCACUGGACUUAUAUGGCGGCCGACGAGCUGACCGAUGGACAGUCGUUUAAACUGCCCCUCCCUUACGACUACUGUAUCGGCUCGAAGGGCUGGUUUAAGUGGCGUAAACAGGCCUUACGAGGGGAACGGCAGCCACUAUUGAACUAUAAGUUUACUGAUAUCUCGGUGGAUACUAAA